UCUGCUCCUUUUCCUCUGCUGAAAGGUUCAUCAUGUCGGCCCAUUUGCAAUGGAUGGUGAUCAGGAACUGCUCCAGCUUCCUCAUCAAGAGGGACAAGCAGACCUAUAGCACCGAGCCCAACAAUCUGAAGGCCAGGAAUUCCUUCCGCUUCAAUGGGCUGGUGCACAAGAAGACGGUGGGCGUGCAGCCGGCGGCUGAUGGCAAAGGAGUGGUCGUCGUGAUCAAGAAGCGUGCAGGUCAGCACAAGCCAGCCAAUUCUUACAACAAGAUCACCAUCAACAAGAAUGCCCGCGCUACUCUCAACAGCGUGAGGCACAUCAUUCGCAAAAACAACUACAGGAAGGACCUACGCAUGGCCGCCCUGCGUCGUGCCAGCGCCAUUCUGAAGAGCCAGAAGCCUGUGGUGGUCAAGAAGAAACGCACUAGGGCUACCAAGACAGCAUAAAUAGAUAGGCCACAUAAUGCAAAAUAAAAACUUUUUGUUUGGAAAAA